GGGCUUGAAGAACGAUUACAGGAGCAAUUGGAUUUCACAGCUGUACAAUCACCAACCGAUCCACUUUACCCGUAUCAGUGGUACUUGAAAAAUAUUGGGCAAGCGAAUGGUAAACCACGUCUGGAUCUGAAUGUCGAAAAAGCUUGGGCACUUGGUAUCACUGGAAAGAACGUCACGACAGCUAUCAUGGACGAUGGUGUCGACUACAUGCAUCCAGACCUUAAAAUGAAUUUUGUAUAUUUUUGA